CACGUGUCAAAUCUCCUAACGGCUAGAUUUUCCCAAUGCGGAGCCAUGACAGCAGAGCGCACAAGUGGAGCCCAUGGGAUCUCCUCGUCGACGAAGAAAAAGACGAACCUUUUGUAGCUUUCCUUUUCACUGAACCGUUACUACUCUUCUUCCCUUCCUUCCUCUUAAACCCCUAACUUCACCCUCUUUUUCUUCCUGUCUCUCACCCAGCCAUGACUGUUGCAGACGCAGCCACUGCCCACACCAAGAAGCUCAUGAAGCUCUUUAUCUCUCUUCUCCGCAGAGGUUUCAGCUCCUCCAAAUGCAAAACGGCGGCAAAGAUGGCGGUGGCGAGGAUAAAGUUGCUGAGGAACAAGAGAGAGGUGGUGGUGAGGCAGAUGAGGCGAGACAUUGCGUUGCUUCUCGAGUCUGGUCAGGAUGCCACUGCUCGUAUCAGGGUUGAGCACGUGACGAGAGAGCAAAAUGUUUUGGCUGCAAAUGAGCUCAUUGAGCUCUUUUGUGAGUUGGUCGUGGCUAGACUUUCAAUCAUAGCAAAACAAAGGGAAUGCCCUGCAGAUCUAAAGGAAGGGAUUGCUAGCUUAAUAUUUGCAGCCCCAAGGUGCUCAGAGAUUCCAGAGCUAUUGGCUCUUAAAGACAUCUUUGAGAAGAAGUAUGGGAGAGAUUUUGUAUCCGCUGCUACUGAUUUGAGACCAAACUGCGGUGUAAAUCGCUUGCUAAUUGACAAGCUCUCGGUACGAACACCUCCUGGUGAAGUAAAGUUGAAAGUGAUGAAGGAAAUAGCUAAGGAAUAUCAGGUUGAAUGGGAUACAACAGAAUCAGAGAAAGAACUUCUCAAGCCUCCAGAAGAACUAAUAGAAGGGCCAAAUAAUUUUGUCAGUGCCAGCAACUUACCAAUCAAGCCUUCCACAACUACUCAAUUCAUGGAAACUAAAAAGCCUACUUUCAGGUCAACAGGCGGUGCUGCCCAGGACGGUAAUGUUCAAUUUGAAGACUCUAAGUCUGCUGCUGAGGCAGCGGCUGAAUCAGCCAUGAAAGCCAUAGCUGCUGCUGAAGCGGCUGCUUAUAUGGCUAAGAAGGAAGAAGCUACUCAACGAUCUAUUUAUGAUGAUAAGUUGAAUAACUCAAGAAUUAACUCGGCGUUGUUCCAAUCAAAUAAUGGUCUUGCAAUGGACCAUCAAGUGAAAACUCCAGAGACAAUGCACAAGUCGCGUAGCUUACCAAGGUCUGAUCAUAUAAACGGUGAGGAUAAAAUGCCUACGGACAUGCAUUCUGAACAGGUUUAUAGGAGAUACAGCUACAAUCCAACUUCUGCGCAUUCGGAUAUAAAAUUUGAUGAGUCAGAUUAUGAUGAAGAGACUGAAAUGGAAGAAGAACCUCAUGGUGAUUUGCCACCACCUAAUCGGCCUCCACCACCAGUACCGUCAGCUCCAGAUGGUAAUGCUGUUUCUCGUGUUCACCCCAAAUUGCCGGAUUAUGAUGAACUUGCUGCACGGUUUGAAGCACUGAAAUUCAAGAAGUCCCAAUUCUAGUUUAUAGACUAUCUUAAAUUACUUGCAUAUAUGUAUACACAAUAUUUUUGUUUUGAUGAUUACGCAUGCCCCAUAUUUUAACACAUAAAAUUUGAUAUUAUACUUUAUAAUUUAAAAUUGCUGGUUGUCGAGACGUUAGGUGUGAAUACGCUUAACUUGAUGUGAGAUGUCUCGUAUUGGAUAGAUUUUGUCUUGAUGAGAAGUAUACAAGUGGAAGAACCGAUUGCCCUAAGGUUGUGGCUUAAGAUGAGCCAAC